ACGUAAUCUUUACUGAGGAACAAUGUUUGAAGAAUGCGCCAAAAUCUUUCGCAUCUUAUUGGCAAAUUGGAGACGAAGCAAUAGUCAACUUCAUGACAAUGAAUUAAAUAAAAACUUGGAAGAUUUGAUUUUACCGAGCAAUGAAGAUUGGCGUUAUCAAGUCUAUUAUCAACUGGUUGAAUUACAAAGAGAAUCUGAUACCAUUUUUAUAGAAAACAGGGUCAACGAAACUAGAUUGGAAACUGAAACAAAGUUAGAAGUGAAACGUAAGAAAAAUGAGUGGGAAUGGGAGCCAAAGAGAUACGGAUAUAGUUUUAAGGCUAAGCCUAGCCAACAGGAAGGAUUGAAAGGAAAAUCAUCGACGAUCGUCGAUGGUUCAAUGAUAGAAAUGUGCAUCGAACCAGGUUGGCGCCUUAACGAUAUUUUGUUGGCGGCGAAGGUUCUUCGAAAAGCUCAGCCACCUCCAGUAUAUUCAGAUGAGGCUGAGAUGCGUCGUGUAUUCGGGCUUGUUUAUGAUGUUUUUAGAUAUAAAAAGAUAUUCAUUCGAGCUUUGGAAGAUGCAGGUUUUUGGCAACGUAACAGGGCGAUCAAAAAUGAAGAAAAGAUCGUUUGGUUGCUACUAUAUGACAUGCAAGGAAGAAAAUUUUCAAAACCACGAUUUAAUAACACUACUUUUGAAGAACGUGAAAAUAUUUUUAAGGCUGCUGGAUUGACGGAUAUCGACAACGCUCUUUCGGGGAUGAAAAUCCAUCUUGCCGCAAGUAUUUCGCGGCUACGUAUUCGCGGUUCUGCCCUCAAACUUGAUGAAUUGCUACCGAGUCAUUUGCGCGACAUCGAAGGUGUCACUUGGGGCGUACAAACUACUGUCGCUUCUGGAUGGAUAAACACCAUGAAAUUUGUCAACAAGGAAGAAUUUCUAAAAGAAAUGUCGGAACUGAAGUUAAAAUAUUGUGAAACAAAAAAAGAAUCGAUAGAACUUGAAGAAAAUGAGUUUGCAUUCGAUCCUAUUUGCCCGAAAAUAAUUUAUUUGCACGAGAUCAAACGGGAAAUGCUGGCUGUUUCCAAGCUCGUUUGUAAUCAUCGUUUUAUAUUUUUAGAGAGAUCAUUGUGCUUGGGUGCGGCAACAUUGGCACAGGUAAUCCGUAAUUGUAGAUUCUAUGGCCCGGUGAUUUUAACUCAUUCACUAGCACCUCGACAUACCGGAUAUCUGGCCGGGCUAUUGGCCGAUAUUGAAUACGCUGGUAAACUUUUGGUCUUCGGAGCUGGUGAUCGUCGUUGCGAGUACGAAAGCUACCUAAAAGAUCUCGAUGUCACAUUGCAACAAUGUCGCGUUUUUUCCGAAAAAUAUGUGUCUCAUCUUUCGACGAUCGAAUCAGAGAGAGCAACUGUAGUGCUGGCAGUUCCAACGUGUACUUAUACGGGUGUCCGAGAUAUCGUCGAUCUUGCAGUAGCACGAGGAGGAGAUGUAGAUCUUCUUGAAUCAUUGACCAAUAAUUACAUUCACAAUGUUCAUAAUAAAGACAAUAAUAACAAUAAAUAUUACAAGAAUCAGGAACAGUGGCAUAGUUUCUUAUCCGAUCAAAUGUCCACUUUGAAGUAUGCUUUGACUAGGCCUAAUGUACAAUUUCUUAUAUACGAAGUACACACAAUUUUACCAUCGGAAACAACGCAAAUGGUUCGGGAAGUGGUAGACUGCGUUAAUCAGAUGGCCAAGGAAAAAUAUUUUCGUGAAUAUCCGAAAAAAGCUCAAAAAGAAAUGUCAAAAUUGGCAAAAAUGGACAAAGAAUUGCAAAAAAAUGAUAAUAUCUCGAUCUCAAAUAUUAUUAUUCCAGAUACCGAUCUCUUCGAAGUAGGCAAUAUUGAUGACAUUUACGGACAAAAUGUUAGCCACAUGCUAGAUCCAGGAUGUUUUCUUGCGAUAAUAAAACGAAAAGAAAUGAUGCAAUUUGACUCGCUGUUCAUGAUCAAAGUGGCAGAAUCGAAAGAUCUAUUCGGUAUUUCGAAAGUGCAACAACAAUCGAAACAAGAAAUAAACUUAAACCGAGCAGUACAAACCUCGCAAUCAAGCACACGGAAACGUGCAAAACGUAUCAAGGUGGAAAUGGAACGAAUAAUGGCGCACACGUAUUCCUCGUUAUCAAAAACCGGACAAGAAAAUCAAAUUUGUCCACGACAUAAACAUUGCUCCAAUUGGAGCGAAGGAAAUGAAUGUCAGUUCAAUUUUAAAGCAUGGCGAAAAGAAAAAAGAAAUGUAUCUCAUAAACCUUUAUACGUUACUUCAUCCCGACAUAAGGAAUUACAAGGGAUACGUAAAAUAUUUUCGGCGCGAUCUGAAAGUAAUGCAUCUACUUCACAUGACAUACCGAAACACGAUAAAUCUUCUUCUAUAUUGACCAAUUUACUUAGCAUCGAAUCUCUACAACGUCAAGAAUGGAAUCAUACCACUCCAUCGAGUACGAUAUUGAGAUCACCGAUUCUUGCUAGAGCUGUACGUCUUAUUCCAUUAGAGGAUACAAUUAAUAUUGAGGAGUGUGAAGAAAUGAAAAAGCAAACACGAUCAAAAAUGGGUCAUCGAUAUUGGACAUCGAGCAAACCGUCUCGCCUUUUACAUCCUAUUGGAUCUCAUGUGUUCGAUCCGUUUGUUGAUAUAAUUUAGGACAAUCAAAAUUUUAUCAAUAAUCAAGAAUAUUUCAAAGAAUAAAAUUAAAAAUAAAAUAUUGCACAAAAAAGUAAUAUUUGAAAAAAAUUGUAAUGAAAGAUAAUAAAAUAAAAUAAACAAUCUAUAUUGUA